GCUCAAGAAACACUGUUUAGUGUCGUUACGUCAGAAACCGUGUAGUAUCAGACUCGAACAGCUGCUCCUCUCUAAGACUCUAACGUAGUAAUCAGGAGGAACUGCCGCCGAAAUUUCCUGACGGUGUCUUCGAAGGUGCACGCCAGGGACAGACACACUAAUCUAUUGCAAAGACUCUUAGACAGCGAAAGGAUUCACGCCCUUUUAUAAAUGGAGGAUACGAUGGAGUUCCCAAGAGCUGAAAACUUUGCUACCAUCCCUGUUCGCUCCACAAGAGAACCCUGAUAUCACGGCAGGCAAGCUGGAAGGCUUGCUGGUAAGCUAGGUUCGCCAAUACAGUUCAUGGACGGCGGAUCACCCGGCAAAGGAGAUCUAAAAGAGCCCCUAAAUCCUCCACACCAUUGCACCGAGGCCAACCCCGCUCCCACCGGAGCCUCCGAUGGCUCGUCGGCAUGGGCCUCGGGCGUCGCCCUCUGCUUCCUCGCGAUCAACUGCGGGGUAGCCAUCUACCACUCGAGGCGCGACCCCAGCUCCGUCCUGUUUGUCGUCGUGUCCUUCGUCAGCCUCGUCCUCCUCUUCCACCUCCUGCGCGUCUUCGAGAGGUUGCCCCCGGGCUCACCGAAGCGCCUGCAGGUGAAGGCGGCUGUAUGGGCCCUCACCACCACCCUGACGGUCAUGUUCUCGAAGCGGGUGGCCGCGUUGAUGCCGGCCCCCGUAGCCGCUGUCGUCUGGGCGAUGGCUGCGGCGACUAUCCUCGCCGGCUUCUGCAUGUUCUUCGUCAGCCGGGACGACGCCUCCGCCGCCGCCGCCGAGAAGCCUGGUGGCAAGCUCGCCGAAGGCCCGUAGACCAUGGUAGAUCCUGUGCGUGGCUCCUCGGAGAUCCCACGAUUGAAGUAUGUACUCUCAGAUGUGGUGUGCUGUGCGUCUUGGAUCCUUUGACCCCGUGUGCAGUUUGUAUUUUCGGAUGUCUUGGAUUCUUAGGUUUGGAAGAUAUAAAGGACAAUUUAAACUUUCGGUCUA